UAGCGGCGUCUUGCUGAUAAACUCCAACUCAUCGGAUUGAAUGAGCUUGAUUCGUGAUUGAAUACACGGAGCUUGGCGAUCUGAGGGGGUCGAGAUUCAUGCCCCUUGACGUAUUGCCAGUUCUCUGCCAGAACCAACACAUUUACACCCUUCGAAACUGUCAGGGAGGUACUGUCCUCGACCUCUCUGGCGCAGACAAUUACUCCAUCAUCGGUUACCACGACAACAAUGGUCCCAACCAGGCGUGGAUCUUCCAAGACAAUGGUGAUGGCUGGUUCAUCAAGUCCAACGAGACUGAUAAAUAUCUUGGGAUCGAAGGCGAUGUAGACGACGCCGGAAAUGGCUCCAGGAUUGUCGCUGUCCCGUCCCCUUGCAAAUGGGACAUCCAAGACUCUGACGUCGAAGGUGCUCAAGGCAUUAGGAUAUUGCUCCAUGGCAAAAAAUUCAGCGUGGACCUGUCAGACAAGGGAAAUGCGACAGAUGGCACACCAAUUCAACUUUGGUCCAGGUGGCAAGGCGCCAAUCAAAUUUGGAUGACUGUCGAGCGUAACAUUAUCAGAUCCUUUCUCUAUCGAAAUUUUUGUGUAUUGUAAAUUGUCAUAUAUAACGGAAUAUUCAUGUAAACCGAAAUAUUGUUUCUAGUUUCAAUGAUGAUCUUGCUC